CCACCAACUAUCCGGGUUAGAGUUGCCCGUCUCGUCCCCCAACGCCGCCCUCUCACCCGCCAUGGAAUUGAAAGUUUGGGUGGAAGGUAUCCAGCGCGUCGUGUGCGGCGUUUGCGACCGGACAACUUGCCAAGAUGUCGUCUAUGCUCUGGCACACGCGACGGGCAAGACGGGUCGCUUCACGCUCAUCGAACGUUGGCGCAGCAAUGAACGACUUUUGGCACCCCACGAACAUCCCCUCAAGGUGCUGAUGAAAUGGGGAGAAUAUUCGUCUGAUGUGCAUUUUAUACUCCAGCGGACUGCACUGGACGCGACGGCCAAUAGAAACGCGAUCCAGCAGAACAACAAGAGCUCGACAGCCAGGCCGACCAAGACGUCAGUCGAUCCGCUUCACGGAUUCACUCCGCCGCUGUCGUCACCGCCGUCGCAUGUCCAAGGAGCCGCCGCCUCGACGGCCGCACCGUCGCCGUCCAAAGAUCUGAAGAAAUCGCUAACGUUUAGCGGAGGCGUUGGCGGAGGUGGGUCGGGAUCGCCAGGCGAUCGGUCCAAACUUCCGCUGAACGUUGGUGUUGUUCGUGGGGUGCCCAAACGGCCGGAUAAUAACGGCGAAUCAAGCGAUCAUAUCAGUCACAAUGGCCAUAAAUCCGCCUACACCAGCCCUACACCUCCGCCUUCCCAUCAAGUUCCUCAGACAUCUAACUACCGGGAGAAGAAUCAAUCGCCGUCGUCCAACGAAGGCCAACUUGUCUAUCCGAGAUAUGAUCCUCCUCUUUACGGCAGAGGUCGGCUUCCGGCCGAAUCCAACGGCUCGUCCGCUGACGCGCAUUAUUCGAAUCCUCCGCAUCAGCAUUAUUACGCUCAGCAACAGCAGCAGCAGGAUUCUUCGCUACAAAAUGAUUCAGUCAGAUUCCCUCCGCCUUAUCGGAAUCCCCCUCCGCCUUUUGCUGGAGGUACGAGACAGCCACCACCGCCGCCAUAUCGUGAACCGCCACGUCCGUCGCCCUUGGGAGGAGGAGGGAGAGGUUCGUCGCCAUAUCGGUCCAGUCCAGCACCACCCAUGACGCCGUCACCGGGCCGCAGUACGUCAACACCUCCCCGGCCGUCACCCGUCCGCCAUGAAAUGAACGUCCAACAAAGCGAUGAAACUGUUCCUACUUCAAGUUUCGAUAGCAGAGAUGACCAGUCCCGACGUUCAAGACGCAAUCUCAGAUUGGAUUUGAGCGGUGCAAGAACGCCCAGUCCACCGUCGGAUCCGCAGCAAGCUCAACUUAUCCAGCGAGUGAAUCGCCAACGCGGUGCGCUGGAUGAGCAGCAAGAGAAAUUGAUCCAGCUGGAGCAGGAGCUUCUCAGUUGGGAGGAGAAGCUGCACCGGCAACUGGAUGAAGAACGUCAACAACUCAAUCGUGAAUUAACUCAGUUAGAGGAUCGAUGUCGCCAGCAAGAGAAUCAAUUGUCUGAACUUUUCAACGUUGAAGCCGAUUGGGAACAAGCCUGUCGCGAAGGCCAGGACCUGACGGAAGAGUUGGCUCGAUUGAAAUCUGACGUGUCGACAUUGGAUUCGCAAUUGAACGAGUGCGAGCCAACCCUUAGGCUUUUGAGGGCGGACGUUAACGAAGCCGAGGAGCAGUUAGUGAAGGAACUCGAAUCAGAACUAGCCCGAGUUCGAUCCGAUCUCGACUCGGCUGGCCAGCAGGAGCACAAUAUGAACGAAGAAGAGCAAACCAUUGCCGAAGAACUGGCCCAAUCGGACACGAACGUACGUUCGUUACGUUCCCAAAUGGAUCAACUAACGCAGGAGAUCAAACAAGCCAAUCUACAGUCUUUGAGCAUCGCACCGGCCGACGACUUGAAAAUCCUAUUGGAAGGCCACAACAAGACGGGCCACAGUCGACGUAUGCUGGGCUCACCGCGCCAGCUGGAAAAUCCCGUCCCUACCAAUAAAAACCCUCAUGGAGUCUGGGUUUGAUUGAACGUAACUGUAUCUGCCCUCCCCCCACUACGCGUUAUGAUUUUUCUAUCUCUCCUAUUCAUUUCCGCAUUCUUCUUUUACAAAAGAAACAAGAAAAAGCAGCAACAAUCUCAUUUUUCUUUUCCCCUUCUGAAAACUUUGUACAGGACGCAUUUCCGAAAUUCUAUUGGCUUUAGAAAAAAAAAACAUAAAAGUUUGACGUCGUCUGCUAGCUGCGCUUGAAUUGAUUACAUAACGACAGCUUAUUCUUCUUUGUGUCGUCCUUUUUUCUUUUCACAGUCAAAAUUUGUCCACCUUUUAUAUUUCCUUUUCUCUUAAUUUUCUUUUUUCUUCAGCACCAUAUCGUUGCUCUGUGCCUUUCAUUUUCUCGUUUAUUUUCUUUAGUGUGUCAUGUCAUUUGUGUACGUCAGUUUGUACUACUGUGUAGCUCCCCUUCUGUUUUUUUUUGUUGUGGUACGUGGCGUGUUUGCGUGUGUACAGUGUUGAAGCCAAAGAUUCCUCGCUACGAUUCUCCCACCUUCUGGCCCGUUGCGUUUCCUUCUCUCGUCAGUAGCCGGAAAUGGUAUAUUAUUAUUUUGCUCUGCACAGUACAAACACAAGAAAAAAAGAAAAA